GAUUUGUGAAUCCAGGCGCAUAGUGAUAGGAUUUCAUCCCUUGUUUCUUUGUGAAGAGAAUAAGGAACAAAUGGAAGCAAAGCAGAUGUAUAAGCAGCUACACCAUAUCUUUAUGAAGUAUGGAGUGGUAAUAAGAAAAACUCAUUUUUGAAUCGGCUGCGAAUAUCAAUCAUUCUUAACUUCAUUAUUUUUUUAAUCAACAUCAGUUCUAAACUCACUCCACCUUAAAAGGAAAUUAAAAUUUUUUCUUUUAAUUCACAUUGUGAAAACUAACGCCUAGCAGUUUUGAUGUUACAGACUGAUUGUUAGUAUUAUUCUUGCCUGUAGAAUGUUUACAUAAGCAGGCAAGGUUGUAAGAGCAAUGCUCAGCAAGAUGGCAUUGCCUACAUUGGCAUUCCUAGUCUAACUGAAGAAGAGCCCUAUUUGGCACCUGCAGAAGGAAGAUCUAUAUUUACUGAAGAAAUGGCUAAUGGAUUCCUCCUCCAUAGGGUCAGCCUGCUAAAGAUUGUGACUUAUUUUGUUACCUCAGAAGGAGAAGUUGUGAACAAAAUUGAAAUCCAACAGAGGGGUAAGGAGGUGAUGUAAAUUUUCUUGCAGCAAAAACACAUUCAUUCACCCCUAGUCUUUGAAGUCACAGUGCAAUAACCUCCAGAAUUUUUACAGUGACAGGAUUUGCUUAUUCAUUGUGAAAAUCUCAAACAAAGUCAUGUAAUGUCAUCACUUUAUCUUGCUUUUAUGAAGGUUGAGACAUUACAAGACAUUCCUUCUGAUGAUGAAAUGACCUAAAUACCCUGGAAAUGUGAACUUUUAUAAUAUUGAUUGAAGGCUAAAUCGGGAAAUACACACCAACCAGGCAGCUUAAAUGGAGAGCAGAGGAAGUGCUUAGGUUUUCAGACGCUCUUUCAGGGGGGGAUGAGGCUCUGUUUCAGAGAGAUGGGCUCCCGAGGGUUGUUGCCCAUCUCUCGCCGUCGGCGAUCAUCCGGAGCCGGUGAUCUACCCCUGUUUCUCUUAAUCUUCUUUUUUUCCUUUCUUUUUUUUUUUUCACACGCACAGGCUCUGUGCUGUGACUGUUCUCUCUCUCUCUCUCUCUCUCAAAAAACGAAGCGUAAUGAGGCUGUGAAGAUCUUUUGUUGGUUCCGAAGAGUGUCAAAAUCGAGCACGGCGAAGCAUCCGUUUCAACGGCGGGGCGACCCGGAUGGCCAGCGGGAAGUUAGAUCCCGCCGGCAACCGGUUUGUCGCAGUCGUCACGGAGCUUUUCCAUGGCUCUGAAUCAUAUCCAAAUCUGAGCCUCCCCUCAUCACCCAUUUCCAAUUUUACAUUGAAAGUCAUUCCUUUUUAAUAUUGUAUCAUAAAAAUCCAAUCUUUUC